AAAGCCUUGUCAUUGUAUGUCUUCUCCUCAUCAUAAUCCGUUGACACUCGAUUUUCCGCGAAGUUCCUUGUAGUGAUUGAAUAUCAAUUCUUUUCCUAGUCAUCAAUCAACAAAUGAUCGAAUCAUUCUGACUCAACAACUGUUGUAUUAAGAGAUGCUAGAAUAUCAAAACUCAAACGCUUGAGUGUAUAUUGUUUGUGAAAAUGAUAGCUUUGGUCCAACAUAUAACAGACAAGUCACAGUGAAUGCCAUUAUGUAGACACUACUCCCUCAUCGCCCGAAAUUAAUGGAAAACUAAAGGACUUUGUUGACACUCUUUCCCCAAGGCCAUUCUACACAAAGUCCUUAGAAACCAAACAGCUAAUUCAGAAGCAAGGAGCCUUAAUCAACUAAGCGUAUAAAUUCCAUUAAUGGAUCAUAGAAGGAUCUAAUCAAAAGAAGAAUUGAAGUUCGAUCGAAGGAAAAUUGUGCUUCGAGAUUUAAUCUGUGCAAUUUUGAGGUAAGUACAUUAGUUUGGAACUUAUCUUUCAAAGAAACCAUGUUUGGUGGCCACUUGAUUACGAUAGUGGGUCUGUAGCAACUAAAUAGAGAUCUGUUCAUAAAGUGAAAACUGAGAUGCAUUAUAAUUCUUUGUUUCUGGUGCAAGAAGGAAAGUUUGGGAAGAAGUUGAAGCUCUCCCUCUGCAAUAUACCAGGUUAUUGCAAUAUCUUCUGUAUGGUCAAGUUGUUUCUUGCAAUACCUGUCAUUUAGCAUGGGAAGUCAAAAUGAAGCAAAACUCAAGUUUUGUAUCGACAGAGGGGGCACUUUUACUGAUGUCUAUGCAGAUAUUCCUGGAAAACCGGAAGGCCGAGUCAUGAAAUUGUUGUCAGUUGAUCCUUCUAAUUAUGAGGAUGCUCCAGUUGAAGGAAUAAGGAGGAUUUUGGAGGAAUUUACUGGAAAGAAAAUUCCCCGUAGUUCGAAGCUUCCUACCGAUAAGAUAGAAUGGGUGAGGAUGGGUACAACCGUGGCCACAAAUGCAUUGUUGGAGAGGAAAGGGGAGAGAAUUGCAUUAUGUGUCACUCGAGGCUUCAGGGAUUUGCUUCAGAUUGGUAACCAGGCUCGUCCACAUAUAUUUGACCUCACUGUAUCAAAACCAUCGAAUCUGUAUGAGGAGGUUGUAGAGGUUGAUGAGAGAGUCGAACUGGUUCUUGAUAAGGAGGGAGUAGAUUUGGCCUCUUCUCCAUCACUUGUUCAAGGUAUUUCGGGCGAGAUUGUCAAGGUUGUAAAGCCACUUGAUGAGGUAGCUCUGAAACCUUUGCUGAAUGCUUUGCUGCAAAAGGGUAUCAGUUGCUUGGCUGUGGUUUUGCUCCACUCUUAUACUUAUCCCCAGCAUGAAAUACUUCUGGAAAAUUUGGCUCUUAGUUUGGGCUUCCGCCAUGUAUCUAUAUCAUCUGCUUUGACUCCUAUGGUUCGAGCUGUCCCCCGAGGUUUUACAGCAAGUGUAGAUGCAUAUUUGACUCCUGUUAUUAAAGAAUACUUGUCAGGUUUUAUGUCCAAAUUUGAUGAAGGACUAGGGAAGUUGAAUGUUUUAUUUAUGCAGUCGGAUGGAGGGCUUGCACCAGAACAUAAAUUUUCAGGCCACAAAGCAAUUUUGUCAGGUCCUGCUGGUGGUGUAGUUGGUUACUCUCAGACACUCUUCGGGAUUGAAACAGACAAGGCCCUGAUUGGUUUUGAUAUGGGUGGUACCUCUACUGAUGUCAGCCGAUAUGCCGGUAGCUAUGAACAAGUUAUAGAAACCCAGGUUGCUGGUGCAAUAAUUCAAGCACCUCAGCUUGAUGUAAAUACGGUUGCUGCUGGUGGUGGAUCAAAGUUAAAAUUUCAGUUUGGUUCUUUCCGGGUGGGACCAGAUUCAGUGGGUGCACAUCCAGGACCAGUUUGUUACAGGAAAGGAGGACAAUUAGCAGUUACAGAUGCAAAUCUUAUUUUAGGAUAUGUCAUUCCUGAUUUUUUCCCUUCCAUUUUUGGUCCCAAUGAGGACCAGCCAUUAGACAUUGAUGCUACCAGGGAAGAGUUUGAAAAACUUGCAAGUCAAAUCAAUUCCUACAGAAAGAGCCAGGAUACAUCUGCGAGGGACAUGAUGGUUGAGGAGAUUGCACAAGGCUUUGUGAAUGUUGCCAAUGAGACCAUGUGUCGUCCAAUACGACAGUUGACAGAAAUGAAAGGCCAUGAAACAAGCAACCAUGCUCUUGCUUGCUUUGGAGGUGCAGGACCUCAACAUGCCUGUGCCAUUGCUAGAUCACUUGGAAUGAAGGAAGUUAUUAUUCACAGGUUAUGUGGGAUCUUAAGUGCAUAUGGUAUGGGGUUAGCUGAUGUGGUAGAAGAGGCACAAGAGCCAUAUUCAGCUGUUUAUAGCCCUGAUUCUGUGAUUGAAGCCUCUCGCAGAGAAACUAUCUUGCUGAAACAAGUGAAGUCAAAACUGCAGGAGCAAGGGUUCAGAGAAGAAAGUAUCACCAGCGAAACUUACUUGAACUUAAGGUAUGAGGGAACAGACACCACAAUCAUGGUGAAGAGACCAAUCAAUGAUGAUGGAUCAGGAGGUGAUUAUGCUGCUGAAUUUGUCAAGUUGUUCCAACGGGAAUAUGGAUUUAAACUUCAAAACAGGAGUAUAAUUAUAUGUGAUGUUAGGGUUCGUGGUGUUGGAGUCACUAACAUACUGAAGCCUCGAGCCGUAGAUUCUGCCCCUGGUGCCCCUAAAGUUGAAAGUCACCACAACGUAUACUUUGAGAGUGGAUGGAAUGGCACUCCUUUGUUCAAGCUUGAAAAUUUGGCAUAUGGGCAUGUAAUUCCUGGCCCAGCAAUUAUCAUGAAUGGCAAUAGCACUGUCAUUGUUGAACCUAACUGCAAGGCCGUCAUUACUAAAUAUGGCAACAUUAAAAUAGAGAUAGAAUCUACUUCCAAUACAGCGAAGGUAGAUGAAAAAGUUGCAGAUGUUGUACAGCUUUCGAUUUUCAACAACCGGUUUAUGGGAAUAGCUGAACAGAUGGGACGCACGUUGCAGAGGACUUCUAUAUCAACAAAUAUUAAAGAGCGGUUAGACUUUUCUUGUGCACUUUUUGGCCCUGAUGGUGGGCUUGUGGCAAAUGCACCCCAUGUUCCUGUGCACUUGGGGGCUAUGUCGAGCACCGUUCGAUGGCAGCUGAAGUACUGGGGGGAUAAUCUAAAUGAGGGAGAUGUUUUAGUUACCAAUCAUCCUUCUGCUGGCGGUAGCCACCUGCCUGAUAUAACUGUUAUUACACCUGUUUUUAACAAAGGUAGAUUGAUAUUCUUUGUCGCAAGUAGAGGGCAUCAUGCAGAGAUUGGAGGUAUUACUCCUGGAAGUAUGCCACCUUUCUCAAAGUUCAUAUGGGAGGAAGGAGCAGCAAUAAAAACAUUCAAGCUUGUUGAGAAGGGGAUUUUUCAGGAAGAAGGAAUCACCAAACUUCUUUGUUACCCCUUUUCUGAAGAAUCAACUCAUAAGAUUCCAGGAACGCGCAGGCUUCAGGAUAAUUUAUCUGAUCUUCAUGCGCAAGUAGCUGCAAAUCAGAGAGGAAUUAUCCUUAUCAAUGAGCUUAUUGAGCAGUAUGGUCUGGAAACUGUCCAGGCAUACAUGAACUAUGUGCAGGCUAAUGCAGAAGAAGCAGUGAGAGAAAUGCUUAAAUCUGUUGCUGCGAGAGUUUCCUCCGAAUCGAAAAGUUCUGGAGAGGGCGGCUUGGUGACUAUUGAAGAGGAAGAUUACAUGGAUGAUGGAUCUUCCAUACACUUAAAGCUUACUAUAGAUUCUCAGAAGGGAGAAGCAUCUUUUGAUUUCUCCGGGACCAGCCCAGAAGUUUAUGGUAAUUGGAAUGCUCCAGAAGCGGUGACAGCUGCUGCGGUCAUUUACUGUGUACGCUGUUUGGUGAACGUUGAUAUUCCUCUCAAUCAAGGUUGCUUGGCUCCUGUAAAGAUUUAUAUACCUCCUGGUUCAUUUCUCUCUCCAAGUGACAAGGCUGCAGUGGUGGGUGGUAAUGUCCUUACAUCACAGAGAGUCACCGACGUCGUUCUCACUGCAUUCCAAGCUUGUGCUUGUUCACAGGGCUGCAUGAAUAAUUUAACCUUUGGUGAUAAUAGUUUUGGUUACUAUGAAACAAUUGGAGGUGGAAGUGGUGCUGGACCUACUUGGGAUGGGACGAGUGUGGUCCAGUGCCAUAUGACCAACACUCGCAUGACAGAUCCAGAGAUCUUUGAGCAAAGAUACCCAGUUAUAUUGCACAAGUUUGGAAUAAGAGAGAAUAGUGGUGGUGCUGGACAACAUAAAGGAGGUGAUGGCAUUAUUAGGGAGAUAGAAUUCAAGCGGCCAGUCAUUGUAAGUAUCCUAUCAGAAAGGCGUGUCCAUGCGCCAAGGGGGCUGAUGGGUGGAAAAGAUGGGGCUCGGGGUGCUAAUUUCCUCAUCACAAAAGAUAAACGGAAGGUCUAUGUUGGUGGUAAAAACACAAUUGAAGUGCAGGCUGGGGAAAUACUUCAGAUUCUGACUCCAGGAGGUGGUGGCUGGGGUUCAAUAUGAAUAAUCCCAAGCAAAAACUGCUAGUGCAAAUCUCAAAGAUGCCAUUUCAGAGGGUUGCAGUUACAUACCAUCCACAGAAAACAUCCACAAAGGAGAAAAAGGAUUAACACCAAUAAGGGAAAUGAAGACAUGAACUUCAUAUUGAUUGUACUUGCUCUGUUUUAAAGAUGUAUCAUUUCAAUAUGUUUUCAUAUGGAUUAUAAUUGCUCAUAUAUCAGUUGUUUGGUAUCCUUAA